AGCGGCUCCGCGGGUGCCAUGUCCUCGCUGGUGAAGGAGGACCUGGCGAAGAGGCUGUUCGGGCCCCGGCGGCAGAGGCUGCACGAGUUCAUCGAGGUGGAGGGCGCGGGUGCCCAGCGCUACUACCUGUGCGCCGCAGUGACUACAAGUAAAGAAGUAGAAAUAUGUAUGGUGAAACACUGGCGAGUGAAUCGAGAGGAGAAAUAUGAAAUAGUUGAAAAGUGGUUUUUGAAAGAUCUGGAGAUGAUUGAUGGAAAAGAAGCAGAUACUGAUAAUCCAUAUUUUGAUAUGCACUUCCACAAGAUCUACAAUAUGGAAGCAUAUAGUUGUGCAUCUAAAUAUACCUUUGCUCGAACACUAAGCAAUCUGAAUGCAAUGUACCUUAAGAAGGACUUGAAGAUUGUGAACUUUGAUGACACCUACCUAAAUGAUGAUUCAAUCUGGUCAUCCAGUAAUAGGGAUUGCUUAGUAGUUAUGAGGAUGUGCUUCUAUGCUUCCAACCUUUUAUGUCUCUCCCUGUGUCCUUUGUCCUGAAGAUGCAUUUUCUAACAUUAAGGUGACUGGUUGACUUUCACUGACCAGCAUUUCAUAUACCAUCUGAUCAAAAAGAUAGUAAGUGAUAUGCAGUAUCUGCUUUUUAGGUUUACAUGUAAGUAAAAAAUGGAGCGUACUUUUUACAUAAACAAUUGACCAUUUAUAUAUACUGGGAGGGCCUCACUCUAGCAAAUACUUACAAAUACAUGAGGCUCACAAGGUAGAACCAGUAAUUCUCACAAUCAGUAGUGAUUGCUUUUGUAAGUAGAGUUCAGCAUUUUCUCAUAUAUUCAUGGAGGUAUAGAUUAUCUUUCAUUAAUAGCUAAAAUCAUUUUACAGCAUUAAGAGCAUAAACAGUUAAUUUAUAUCCUAGAAGUAGAAAAAAGAAAGCAACCAAUUGAGGUCUGUAUAAGAAUGAUGCACAUUUCCAUUUUUAAAUGUGUUAAAAUGCAGAACUCCAUUAAAGAAAUCAUACCUACAUCCGUAUAAGAAUCCAACCCUCAUCCUGAUGAAUCGGAGUAUUGCAUUUAGGUACCAUGUGACCAACUUUUUACCUAUGUAGCUAUAUUAUUUUUCCUACAGAACAUUUAGUGUGCCCUUUGGCCUUCAAUUUGUGGUACUGUCCUAGAUAAUAAAUGUUCUUAAGCAGCAUUGCUUUAUUUGUCACACCUUUCAGAACUUUUGUAUCAUUAAAGUCUCCUUUCUAGCACUUCAGUGCUUAUAAACAGGCAAGGUUAAGGAACAGAAACUGUUUAUGUCUCUGCCUCUGGACCAAGAGAUAACAAAGUACUGUGUAAACAAUAGUUGUUGGCUACUACACUUACUUUGUAGGAAAGUGAUAGACUUUUCAAAAUUCAUAGAAUUAUGAGAGUUAUUUUCACGAGUUUUUAGCUAAUGUUAGCAUAUUCAGAGCGCUACUUAGAGUUAGAUUUACAGUGGGCUGGAGCCUACUUGAAUGUUUGGAACAUUUCAUAAAAAGUUACAGCUGGACUUGUGAUAGUAGUAUAUUACAGUAGAAACAGAGGAUGAAUUUAAGCUGUAUUGAAGCAGGAGCUGAAGGGGAACAAUGUUAAUAGUAAGAAGCACAGUGAUACUGCCUGGUGUCAGUCAGCAAUGCUCAUUGGCUGUUCAUCCCGUAAUCAGUAAAGAAAUGCCAACCCAGAAGGUCAUUCAGAGAAGCUUCUGGUCAGAACAUCCUGCAGGAGAAAAUCACUUUCUGUUUUGGCAGCCAAGAGAGUAUAGGAAGGCCAGCUGUGGACUAAACCAGGUGUGGACCUAAAGCUGACUGAUGACAGCUCCUAGGAAAUCAGAGGCUGCUUCAUUCCCCUCUCCGCACCUGCCAUCUGUACAACUGGAUAGUCACACAAGGGUCCUGUGCCUUGUACUUUGCUGUUGUCUUUCACAUGAACUCCCAGCUUUGAAAACAUUUGUGCAAAUGUACUUUGGAUUCAAAAUUAAAAUAACAUCCAAUAACUGAGAGUAUAUUUGAAAAACUGUAAAAUGUACAGCUUUCUACUUUUAAAAUGUUACCCUACUGCAUGUAUAUAGGAAAGGCCAUACCUUUGAUUAGCUAAUCUUCAGAAGUUAUAUAUUUAUUCUAGGUACAUGUUGCAAAUUACAUGCAUUCUAACACAAAUCUUAGUAAUUAUGUAUAUAAUGACAGUUGUGAGAGCAGUUUAUGUGGGUAACACAUCCUCUGGAACUUGUAAGAACUUAAGUCUUAAAUUUGCCACCUACAUACCGUUAAAGAGAAGGAUUGUAUUUAUAGUAAUUGUUUGUGAAAAUCAGUUGUUCUUUUGAGAACGUCUU